AGAAAAGAACAUUUAUGUCUAUUUUGCUUUUAAUUUUUUCCUUGGAAAAGGAGGCCUUGCAUAUUUUGUUUUCUACUUCCACAAGGUCAAAGAAAGGACUUAGAAACAAAAACAGGCCACCAAAGACUUGAGGUAGGAUUGCAAUUUGCAAGUCACUUCCAGAGACACGAUCACUAUUUUCCCAGAAAAUUCUCAGCUCAUUUUCCCGGAUAUUGAGCGAAAGAUCGUUGCUUUUGUGUAUUUUCAUGGGCUUUAACUCCUUCUCAGGUAUGAGAAAAUAUGCGAAGAGUGUUACGGGUACCAAAGUGGUUCUGGAUCAGAAGGUCCAGGUUGUAUUCCUGCGACCCGGCUUCUGUCAUCUUUAGUCAGUGUUUUUAUCACAUGGGAAAAGAGAAUUUUGCUUCCUAGCUUUGUUUGGCUGCAAUAUCAUGGCAGGGGAUGUGCUUACUAGUGCCUCUAUCAUUCCGGGUUCAGAAGUCGUUUCUCAGACAGUAGAGGCCAUUCUCGAGAUUGUAAUUUCUGCCAAUGACGUCCUUGUUAAGAAGGAUAGUUUUAAGGAACUUGCAGCUUACUUGGAAAGAGUUGUUCCUGUCUUGAAAGAGUUGAAUAGGAAAAAUGUUAGUGAUUCUGAGAGCUUAAACAAUGCUAUUCAGAUUCUCAACCGAGAAAUAAGAGCUGCAAGGGAACUGACUUUGGAGUGCAGCAAGAGAAAUAAGGUAUAUCUCUUAAUGAAUUGUCGGACAAUAGUUAAGCACUUAGAACACACAGUGAAAGAGAUCAGUCGGGCACUAAGUCUCCUUCCUUUGGCCUCUCUGAAUCUUUCAUCUGCCAUUAGUGAAGAGAUAGGAGAGCUCUGUGACAAUAUGCAGAGAGCUGAAUUUAAGGCAGCCAUAGCAGAAGAAGAGAUUUUGGAGAAAAUCGAGUCAGGAAUACAGGAGAGGAAUGUUGAUCGUUCCUAUGCCAAUAAUUUGCUGGUUCUCAUAGCAGGAGCUGUUGGGAUCUCGACUGAUAGGUCUGCACUGAAAAAGGAAUUUGAAGAAUUCAAGAAUGAGAUAGAAAAUGUGAGGCUGAAGAAGUUCGAGGCUGAAGCAAUACAAAUGGAUCAGAUAAUUGCAUUACUAGAAAGGGCUGAUGCUACUUCGUCUCCUAGGGAGAAAGAAAUUAAGUAUUUCACCAAGCGGAGAUCUUUGGGUAGUCAACCAUUGGAACCUCUUCAAUCAUUUUAUUGCCCAAUAACACGUGAUGUUAUGAUGGACCCUGUGGAAACUUCUUCAGGACAGACAUUUGAGAGAAGUGCAAUUGAAAAAUGGUUUUCAGAUGGGAACAAAUCGUGUCCUCUAACCAUGAACUCUUUAGACACAUCAGUGUUACGGCCUAAUAAAACUCUGCGGCAAUCAAUUGAAGAAUGGAAGGAUAGAAACACCAUGAUUGCGAUUGCUUCCAUCAAACAAAAACUUAUGUCUAAAGAGGAAGAUGCACUUCAUAGCCUAGAACAGCUACUGGAUCUCUGUGAACAAAGAGACCUGCACAGGGAAUGGGUAAUAUUGGAGAACUAUAUACCUACUCUUAUUCAACUUCUCGGUGCCAAAAAUCGUGACGUAAGGAAUCAUGCUCUUGUCAUCCUCCGCAUUUUGGCAAAGGAUAGUGAUGAUGCCAAGGAAAGAAUUGUAAAAGUUGAUAAUGCAAUUGAAUCUAUUGUUCGAUCCCUUGGGCGCCGUGCUGCAGAAAGAAAGUUAGCUGUGGCAUUACUUUUGGAAUUAUCAAAAUCUAAUUCAGUAAGAGACAUAGGAAGUGUUCAAGGUUGCAUAUUGCUAUUGGUGACUAUGUCAAGCAGUGAUGAUGGUCAAGCUGCCAGAGAUGCCCAGGCACUGUUGGAGAAUCUCUCAUUCUCUGAUCAGAAUGUUAUACAGAUGGCAAAGGCAAAUUAUUUUAAAUAUUUGCUGCAGCGUCUCUCAACAGGACCAGAAGAUGUAAAAAUGGUUAUGGCGACAACUUUGGCAGAAAUGGAGUUGACUGACCACAAUAAAGAAUCUUUGUUUGAAGCAGGUGCUCUAGGUCCUCUUCUUCACUUUGUCUCACAUGGUGAUGCUCGGAUGAGAAAAGUAGCUUUUAGAGCUCUUCAGAACCUCUCUAGUUUACCGAAAAAUGGUCUGCAGAUUGUUAGAGAAGGUGCAGUACGCCCGUUACUUGACGUUCUCUUCCAUCAGAGCUCGUCAUCACGUAGUCUGCGUGAACAUGUAGCAGGCACAAUUAAGAACCUAGCUGUAUCAACCGUGUCUCAGGGAUCCAGCCAGAUACCAGUUUCGUUAUUGGAAUCUGAUGAAGAUAUUUUCAUGCUAUUCUCUUUAAUCAACUUGACAGGGCCUGAUGUACAAAAAAGCAUUAUCCAAACCUUUCAGGCCUUGUGUCAAUCCCCUUCUGCUACAAAUAUCAAGAGCAAAUUAAAACAGUGCUCAGCUGUGCAAGUACUGGUUCAGUUGUGUGAGCAUGAUAACGUAGAUGUACGAGCACAUGCUGUAAAGCUAUUUAGUUGCCUGGCAGAAGGUGGCGAUGAAGCCACCAUCCUGGAGCAUGUAGGUCAGAAGUGCAUUGAGACUUUACUCGGGAUCAUCAAAUCUUCUGACGAUGAAGAAGAGAUUGCUUCUGCAAUGGGCAUUAUCUCUAACCUUCCAGAAACUUCCGAGAUCACUCAGUGGCUUCUGGAUGCUGGUGCACUUCCAGUAAUUUUCAGUUACAUUCAUAAUGGCAAGCGGAAAGAUCCCCAUAAAAAUCAGUUGAUAGAGAAUGCUGUUGGAGUUUUAUGUCGUUUCGCUGCUCCAAAUAACUUGGAAUGGCAAAAAAGUGCAGCUGGAACAGGCAUUAUACCCUUGUUAGUAGAGUUACUAGAGUUCGGAACCACCUUGACAAAAAAGCGUGCAGCAAUUUCUCUCUGUCGAUUUUCAGAGAGUUCGCUUGGGCUUAGCAGGUCAGUACCAAAGCAUAAGGGGUUAUGGUGCUUCUCAGCUCAACCAGAAACUGUCUGCCCGGUUCAUGGAGGAAUCUGUAGCACUGAAUCAUCAUUUUGCCUUUUGGAGGCUGAUGCAGUGAGACCACUAGUGAGAAUUCUUGGGGAACCGGAUCCUGGAGUUUGCGAGGCUUCUUUAGAUGCACUGUUGACUUUAAUUGAAGGUGAGAGACUCCAGAGUGGUAGUAAGGUGCUUGCUGAAGCAAAUGCCAUACAACCAAUAAUAAAAUUUCUUGGUUCCCCUUCUCCCAGCUUGCAGGAGAAGGCUCUACAUGCACUAGAGAGGAUUUUUCGGUUGAUGGAGUUCAAACAGAAGUAUGGAGGCGCAGCUCAGAUGCCAUUGGUUGACUUAACACAGCGGGGAAGUGGUAAUGUGAAGGCUCUGGCUGCAAGAAUACUUGCUCACUUAAAUGUGCUUCAUGAUCAGUCUUCAUAUUUCUAAAAGAUCAAGGAGUUGAAGAUGAGCAAGAAACUGGUUUUGAUAUUUUAAUCUUGCAAGAAUCAUAAAAAAAAAGAUGCAGGAAGACAUGCAUGGCUAGGCAUGGGACCUUGGCAUAUCUGGAGGAGGCAGAGCAUACCUCGUUUCCCAGCUGUAAUUGGGCAUUCCAUAUUGCAGCUAAGAAGACAAACCAGAUUGAGCAUGUGAUCUCAAGUGCGGAGUUGGCUUCAUUUAUUUGGGAGUUAGCUUCGUGCACCCAAGAUGACCUAAAUCCAAUUUGUACUAUUAUUGUCCGAAUAAUGCUAGAAACGACAUUUUUAUUAUACAAUUAUCUCACAAUGCUGAGGUGACAGUUCCAACUAAUCUUUAGAUUGGUUUUUGUUAAAAGAAAAAUUAUGAGUUGGUUGAAAUUGUCACAUCAACGUUGUAAGAUAGGUGUAAAAUAAAAAUGUGGCAUAUAGCAUUUCUCUUAUAUAUUGUCCAUAGUAGGCCUUCGACAGGUGGGAAAUUAACUGUGGCGCAUAUCAAAUGCCCUAGGAUGUACUCUAUCCGCAUUAUGUCUACAUAUCGACACAUGAUUGGUUUAUCGGUAGAGGAAGAAAAAUUAAUCUGUGCCACCAGUGGCCUUGUCUAUUCUAUUAGUUAGCCAAAAUGAGGCCAUUUUUUUAUUAGAUUUGAA